CGAAUUUGACGCCACCUAUAUUAAGAUUUUAAAGGGAUUUCUCAGUCAGUGUUUCAGUUCUGUCAAAAUGGCGCUCAAGGCACAAGUCGGUCAAAAAAUAAUGAAUGAAGUAAUCAAGCAGAAGAAUAAAAAACCAGCUGCUGGUGGUGCUAAUGUAGAAUGGAGAAUUCUUGUCGUAGAUCAAUUGGCUAUGAGAAUGGUCUCUGCGUGUUGUAAAAUGCACGAUAUAAGUGCACAAGGAAUUACACUAGUAGAAGAUAUCAAUAAGAAACGAGAGCCCCUGCCAUCAAUGGAAGCUAUUUAUCUUAUUACUCCUUGCAAUGGCUCGGUGCAAAAACUUAUUGAUGACUUUAGUAAUCCAUCGAGAACUAUUUAUAAAGCUGCUCACGUAUAUUUUACUGAAGCAUGUCCCGAAGAUUUAUUUAAAACUUUAGGCCAGUCAAUGGUAAAAAAAUAUAUUAAAACUUUAAAGGAAAUCAACAUUGCAUUUAUACCGUAUGAAGAGCAGGUUUUCUCACUGGAUUCACGUGAAACGUUCCAAUGCUUUUACAGUCCUUCAUUUAUAAAUGUACGAAAUGCUAAUAUGGAACGUAGUGCUGAACAGAUAGCAACACUUUGUGCUACUCUUGGUGAAUAUCCAUCAGUAAGAUAUCGAAGUGACUUUGAUCGAAAUGUGGAGCUUGCACAAAUGAUACAACAAAAAUUAGAUGCAUACAAAGCGGAUGAACCAACAAUGGGUGAAGGUCCUGAAAAAUCACGUUCUCAAUUAUUGAUUCUUGAUCGUGGAUUCGAUUGCGUUUCGCCUUUACUCCAUGAACUUACGUUACAAGCAAUGGCCUACGAUUUACUUGAUAUUGAAAAUGAUGUUUAUAGCUAUGAAGCAUCAGCAGGUCAGGGUGAAAAAGAGGUUUUGCUUGACGAAAAUGAUGAAUUAUGGGUGGAAUUGAGGCACCAACACAUUGCAGUUGUAUCUCAAAAUGUUACGAAAAAUCUUAAGAAAUUUACCGAGUCAAAGAGAAUGCCGCAAGGAGAUAAACAAAGUAUGAGAGAUCUUUCACAAAUGAUUAAAAAAAUGCCUCAGUAUCAGAAGGAAUUAAGUAAAUAUGCGACUCACUUACAUUUGGCUGAAGAUUGUAUGAAACGUUAUCAGGGAAAUGUUGAUAAGCUUUGUAAAGUCGAGCAGGAUUUGGCCAUGGGUACAGAUGCUGAAGGAGAACGUAUUAAAGAUCAUAUGCGCAAUGUUACUCCAAUUCUUUUGGAUCAAACUAUUGACAGUACUGAUAAAUUACGAACUAUUGCAUUGUAUGUGUUAAAUAAAAGUGGAAUUGCUGAAGAAAACCUUAAUCGCUUGAUACAUCAUGCUCAAAUAUCACCAGACGAUAAACAAACUAUUUUGAACUUGGCUAAUUUGGGAGUAAAUGUUGAUGGUAAAGGACGUAAACAAUAUGUGGUCACGCGUAAAGAAAGAAUUACUGAACAAACAUAUCAAAUGAGUCGUUGGACACCAAUUGUCAAAGAUCUUAUGGAGGAUGCUAUUGAAGAUAGAUUAGAUACCAAGCAUUUUCCAUUCUUAGCUGGUCGUGCUGUUAGUUCUGGAUAUCAUGCACCAACAAGUGCACGUUAUGGGCAUUGGCAUAAAGAUAAAGGACAACAAACAGUUAAAAAUGUACCACGUUUAAUUGUUUUUAUUGUCGGCGGCGUAUGUUUCUCUGAAAUUCGUUGUGCAUAUGAAGUAACGAAUGCUAUGAAAAAUUGGGAAGUUAUAAUUGGAUCAUCUCAUAUUAUUACACCAAAAUCUUUCCUAUCGGAUUUGAGUAAAAUUCACAUUUAAAUCUUAUUGACUGAUUUCAUCUAAAAUUUCAUGAUGGGAUAGAUUACACAUUAUCUAUUAUUAAUUUAAAUAGGAUCAGUAAUUAGUAAUAUUAAUUGAAUUUUAAAUUUAUCAUAAAAUUAUUCGGGGAGCUAUAAAAAAAUCUACUAUGGAAUCGAAAAAUUGGUUAGAUUGUCAACUAAUGUGCUAAGUGCCUGCAAGAAAAAAUUUAAAAGUUCAUUAAUAUUAUUACUGGUACCAUUUACAAUUAAUAAUAUUUAUAUAUAUUCAAUAAAAUGGUAAUUCUUAUAAUAAGCAAUAGAAAAAAUAAAAUUAAACAAAAAGUAAAAAAAUAUAUUAUUCGCGUUCAAUGAAUCUAAAACUCAAAAUUUAUUUUAGUCAAGAAUGUGAUAAAUGUAUAAAAAUUAGGUAUUGUUGUUUAUAUUUGUGUGCUCUCGUUCUCAUAUAUGUUUUCAAAAAUAUGUACGUAUAAAGUAGAAAGGAAGAAGAUAAGAAAAAACAAGUUAAAUAAUCAUAAAAUGUGUUAUUUAAAUACUAAGAUUAAAAACAGGUAAAAAUGAUGAGUGCGAAUGUAAUCUCUGGCGGAUCCGAUUCACGGUAAAUUACGACUAUUACCGUAAUUUACGAUGUUCGAAAGAACUACGAUAGUAUUUUCACGGUAACAUUACGGGAAUUGACCGCAAAUGUGCAAUAGUCUAACGUAAGUGUACGGCAAGUCUGCGGUAUUUUACAGUAAAAUACAGAAUUCCACGGUACAAGUAUGGCAUUUUGGCAAAGUUGCAGUAAUUUACGACAAGUUGUGCUUAAAAUGGCAAUUUUACCGUAAAAACUGGCGUCAGUUACCGUAAACGUGAGAUAAAAAUGCGGUAUUUUACGGUAAAUGAAGUAUUACACUGUGUUUAUAGUAAUAAUUGCCGUUUUUAGGUAGAUUUCUUUAGAAAUCGGACUAUUGCAAUGGGUCUCAUGAUCAAAUUAUCAAAGAAUUUUGCCACCAUAUAUCUUAUUUUACCUAGUAGAGUCAAAAAAUACCAUCCACUUAAAAAUUUAUAUAUGUAUGUACAUAUAUACAAUAUAACGCGCCUUGCCAUCACGAUAGCGCCCGCAAUUCUUAGCUUAUCUUAAUGAAAUUUUAUACACUUAUUUAUUGGACGAUUACCUUGAUCACGUUCGAAGAUGAGCCCAUUUGGUCGAUUAGUUUAGAAGUUGUGGGUGUUUGAAAAUUUUUUUUUUUAUUUUCCUAAAAAUGAAUUUUCUGGCUUUAUCCUUAAAUAACUUUUUAACCGAAAAUGAUAACUUAAUUCUGUAAAAAGAAUCUCAAAAUCCAUACGAUUAGCUUUAAUUUUCACUAUAUUAAUUGUUUUUUCAAAGAUCUUGUAUAACGAUUUGAUAAUCUCGAAAAUUUUACAAAAAAAAAACAUUUUUGCAGCUUAGUCCUUUAAUAACUUCGUAAUGAUAACGCGUAAAUGAGUAUUAAUCACACUAUUUUAGCUUUACUGUAUUCAGAAAAUCUACCUUUCUAUUCCGGGUAAAGCCGGAUGGCUCUUUUUUUACUGCAAUUCGUCUUAAAAUUCCGUAAAUUACCUAUAUUGUUGUAAAAUAUCAUAAACUGCCGUAUAAAUGCUGUAGUCUGCAGUAAAUUAUCGUAAUUUAUAAUAAAGAUCGUAAUUUACCGUAAUUCGAAUCCGCCAAGGACAUUAAUUACAUUAAAGAGUUAGAAUAUCCAUAAAAUGAAUCAAAUUUUACAACUUAAAUUAUUAUAAAUUUUCUAAAUCAUCGACUACCUUCAUUUUCCACCAAAGAUUUAAAUUUAUAAGCUUAUGAUUUUUAGAUUCAGUAAUAGUCAAAAAUAAAUAAUUAUUUUGAAAGUAAAAUUAAACUUGCCAACAAUAAAUAAAUUUAUAUCGAUAUUAGAUUUUUGAGAUUAAUUGAUAAUUAAGUUAAGUAAUUGUUAUAAUAAUAAAUAUUUAAAUAAAUACAUAACCAUUCCGUUAAAGCACUCAUCACAUUAAAGAAAAGUAAUUAGAUAUGUAAACUACAAACUUAAAAAGAUAAUAACUAUAUUUUAAAUUUAUAAAAAAUUUACUCCUAAUUAUUAUGCAUUGUCUUUAGAAUCAUUAGAUCGCUUUAAAUCUGUGUACAUUAGUAUAAGGUAUAACACCCAAUUAUUGCCAGGGUACCAAUUAUUGACAAUUUUAUUUUAUUAUUUACUUAAGACUGGGUUGUACUCAACAAAUUAUCGAAAUUCAGAUGUCUAAUAAUCUAUUAAUUGAUUAUCAGUGCAGAAAUUUUUUAAACUUCUGGAAAAAUGCAUAAGACGAACAUUCUCGGAAGAUUUUUAUCAUUAGAGUCCCAUAAAUACUUAAAAUGUAAUUAGAAAUAUAAAAUCCAGAAUUUCUAUUAGUUCUUCUGACCCUUAAUUUCUGUCAAUAUUUUUAAAAAUCAUUAAUAUUUUUAAGUUUAUAAUACAAUCCCAAGUAGUACACUUAGCUUUGUGAGAUCUAUCAGAUAUCAGUUUUUUGAUCCAUCGAUAAGACACUAAAAUGUUGACGAUAAAAUCAGAAAUUGAUAUCAUAAAAAAAUAAUAUAUGCUUAAAAAACUCGACACAAACGGCAGCAAAAAGUUGAUGACAAGUAGAUAUCGAAUUAAUCGUCUGAUCUAUCAAUUAAGAUGACUUUUAUGGUGGAAAUAAAAAUACGAAUUUUCUAUGAUUCCCACACAGUAAAAAUAUUUUGUAUCUGUGUUACAAGCGAUCCGAGUUAAAUUUUUUGUCUUCAUUAUUUCGUGUUAAAUUACCGCAUCUAUUGUGUUACUUAAAAAUUUUAAAUUGAUCUACUAUUUAACACUUCAACAGUGUUACUUAGAACAAAAAUUGAAAUUAUCAAUAUUUAUUAAGUGAUACUUAAAAAAUUAACAAAAAAUUUAUCUUAGAAAAUCAACCGAUAGUCACGGAAGAAUUACGAGGAAAAUGAAAGUGCAAUCGAAAUUUUAUAAAUGUCAAUUUAGCUUAAAAAUAUAUUAAAUUUACUAUUUACUAAAAGCUAGAAUUUUUAUCGUUCCCAUAAAAAAGAUUUAGUCAUAAUUUCGAAUUAUUUUAUUUAAUGUUAAAAUUACUUUUUUCGCUGAAUAAAAAUGUGUUUUUGUUUUUUUAAAAGAAAUUAAUUGAUUUACUAUUCACAACUGCUAUGAAAUAUUACGUGAUUUUUUUUUAAUCUUGACUCGAAUAAAAUAAUUGUUUACUAUCAAAAAAAGUUAAAUACCAAAUAAUAAUUGUUGUCACUAUUAAUGACCUUAAAAUGAUACAUAAAUUAUAAUUAAAUAUCCAUGGUACAAAAAUUAACAUUUUUUUUGUGUCGCGCAUUGAUAUUUAAAAAGUAUUGAAUUCACUUCUCGUAUUACCCGAAUUUUGUGUUGAGAUUUUAACACAAAUUUAAUGUUUAAAUUCAACGCAAAUAUUGUGUAGGGCCAACACCUGUAUAUCUUAUUUGUAUAAAAAUACUUGGCUUUGACAUAAAAUAAAAUUUGUCUUGUCCUUGUCAAGACAUCUUAUAUUUUAAAAUUGUCUGCUACUUGGGAUUGAAAAAUAAAAAUUUUUCUUGAAGUUUUAAUUAACAGCAAAUUAAAAUAAAAUAAAAUUUCGCGUCUCGAAUAAUAGCGCGAAAACUACGAAUUCAAUAUAAAUUAUUUUGCAUGUCAAUAAUUGGUACAUUUCAGUAAUUAUAUAAAAUGUUCUAUAUUUAUGUAAAGAUUUUAUCUAUCAACAGUAAUAAUUAUUGAUUAACUUGGUAGGAGUAUAAAAAAAUAAAAUGGUGUUAAAAAAAUCUAUUUAUUAUUAUUAUUAUUAUUAUUAUUAUUUAAUUAUAAUGUCUAACGUACUUAGUGUCAAUAAUCAGGACUUACCAUAUUUUUAAGUUAAUUGUUAUCUAAAAAUAUAAAUAUCAAAAGACAUAUAUAUAUAUCUUCGUUGAAUAGCAACAGCUAAAAAUUAUUAUUAUUAGCAAAAAAUGCAAUUUAUGGUAUUUAUAUAAAGAGUUACAAGUGUGCAAACGUAUGUGCGUGUGUAUGUUGUUUAUCCAAAGAAAGUGUUUUGCUUAUAAAGGCCUACAUUAUAUUGCAGAAUUUAAAAUCAGAUUAUUAAUUAAUGUAUAUGUUGUUAAAAAAAAAACAAUUAUUGUUUCCAUAGAAUAACAUUAUGCAAUCAUUCUACAAUAAAUUAAGAGCAUUCUCAGGCCGUGCCCCUCUCCCCACUUUUUAAAAAUAUUUAUCCUUUCAACUACCAUAACGAUAUUCAAAUGUCAUUAAUUAAUUGAAAAGAAAUUAAAGCAUCAAUUAAAAAGAGGACAUUUGUCGCUGAGAUGUAGAUUUAAAAAAAAAAUAUUACUGACAGUUGUUAUCAAAUGAUCCUGAAUUUAAUUGUCAGUUAAAUUCAGGAUCAUAAGUUAGUAAAUAAUUAACAAUUUUCGGAUUUUUUUUUUCAAUGAAUCACUGACAACCAAAAAGUUUUUUUUUAUUUGUAGAAAACAAAAAAAAGCUGUAGGUGCAAUUUAUUUUUUAAUUGAGUUAUUGAAUAUUUUUAAAAAGUGGGGGCACUGUCUGAGAAUACCCUCAACUAAUAAUAAUAAUAAAUAUAACAAUUUAAAUAAUAACGAAAUCAAUGAAAUAAAUAAUAUUAUAAUA